UUUUUGCAAAACAUGAUACACCCUGUGCGCAGUGAAAUGGCAACCACAGUGGCAGCUGUAUUAUAUGACAGCUGUCAUUAAGUUUCGUCUUUGGCGCCCAACAAUUACUGCUUGAUUACUUGUUUGGCAUUUUUAUUAUAAUUAUUGAGAGAAAAGAAUAAAAGUCGUUGUUUUUAAUAUAAUAUUGUUUUGUAAAAUUAUUUUUCAAAUAUGACCACAGUUCGUCGAUCGACAAGACUGAGCAGUGUUGGUAGAUCAACACCUACAACGUCAGCUGCUGGCAUACAAACACCAUCACGGCGAUCAGAAGUUUGGCGUAGACGCCAAACAAAGCAUUGUACAACAAGUGACGAGGAAGAAGAAAGCACUUUAAGCAAAUCCCCAACGUUAGCAGAAAUAGAUAAAGAAAAUACUAAAACUACCAACAUUAUGAGUAAAGCGAAAGGUAAAGCACAGGCAAAAGUAAAAGAAUUAAACGAUGUUCAGGAACCUAAAACACCACGUCGGGUGAAGGCAGCACGUACUUCAACUUCUAGCAAAACAACGCCACAAGCAAAAAAACGUAGUAAUCAAGAGGAAAAUAAUCAAAGUGAAGACGAACAUGAUAUCCCAGACUCUGGAAAAAAUGUAUCUCCACCAAAGUUAGCACGUUGGAAGCACAAAACUGAGUUGAUCAGCCCUUCCAGGUUAAUUGAUAGAUUAAGUAUUGACGAACGUAAGGAAAUAGACAGCGAUGAAGAAGAUCAUCACACGCCCACAAAAAGAGAAAAAGAAGAAACACAGGUAACACCUACACGUAACAAAUACCAAAGUGCACGACGUGUGCUAAAUAGUGCAGAAACGCAACAUUUACCUGGACGCGAACAACAGCUUCUAGAGUUAAGAGAAUUUUUUCAAGUGCAUUUACAGGAACAACGUUCUGGUAGUUUGUAUGUUUCAGGUCAACCAGGUACUGGCAAAACUGCUUGUCUUUCACUGCUUUUGAGAUCGUCUGAGUUGUCAAAACAAUUACAAUGUGUUUACAUAAAUUGUACGUCAAUUGCUAGUAUAAAUGGUGUCUAUAAGAAGCUAUGUACCGAACUCAAGUUACAUCCUACUGGACGAACUGAACGUGAUUAUCAAGCAGCUGUGCAGCAACACUUACGUACAGCGCGUCGCAUGCUACUUAUUGUUUUAGAUGAAAUCGAUCAACUCUGCAGUACAAAACAAUCGGUGCUUUACACUAUUUUCGAGUGGCCUUCAUUGCCAGGAGCGCGGCUCCUUUUGGUGGGCAUAGCUAAUAGUCUUGAUCUCACCGAACGUACUUUGAUGCGUCUAAAUGCCCGUUGUGAACUAAAGCCACAGCACAUGCAUUUUCCACCAUACACUAAGCAACAAAUUGUGGAAAUAUUUCGUGCACGCCUAGAAGAAGCCGGUGUGCUGGAAGUUUUUCCAACUGUUACUCUACAACUCUUGGCAGCUAAGGUCAGUGCUGUGAGUGGAGAUGUACGACGUGCAUUAGAUAUUGGCAGAAGAGUGGUCGAAAUAGCGGAACAACAGAUGAAGUUAGGACAGAAAAAAAUUAAUCUUGAUAGUUUAGCUUUGGGAGAGAAUGAUGCUGAAAAGACUGAAGAAGUUGCUUUAAAACCUGUACAAGUGACACAAGUCGCUGAGGUGUUAAAUAAAGUCUAUGGUGUUUCACAGAAUUUACAAGAAGACAUAGAAGACUCGUUUCCACUGCAGCAAAAGAUUGUGUUAUGCAGCCUAAUGUUGAUGCUACGAAAAGAACGUAAUAAAGACAUAACUAUAGGACGAUUACACGAGGUCUACCGGCGUGUAUGUGUUAAACGUAAUAUACACGCUUUGGAUCAAGCCGAAUUUGCCGGACUAGUUGACUUAAUUGAGACACGUGGCAUACUACGAAUCAUGCGAAAGAAAGAACCACGCUUAUGUAAAGUAGUGCUACAAUGGGACGAAGAAGAAGUGAAUGGCGCUUUGAGGGACAAACAGUUGAUUGCUUCAAUAUUGGACGACACCGCUUGUCUAGGAAAUAAAUAGCAACUUAUUCUAAAUGGUGGUGUAUAAACAAAUCAAAAAUAAGACCAUCCUAUUUAUUGAAAACUAGUUUAUAUCAAAUUAAUUUUAAUGUGAGCCUUGUUACGCAAUGUUUUAUUCAUUAAAAUAAAAAAAUCAUAUUGAUCAUACAGUU